AUGACAACAAGAAGAGCUAGGUCCGUUCCAGCCAUAGCCAUAAGCAAAGCAGUUCUGACAAGAAAUCGCCACAAUUACAACUCGACACGAGAUGAUGUGUGGGGUUCCGGCAUUCGGCUUCGUCGGAAGGCUCCUUCCAAAGAGCAGCAGCUGGAGAAGGGGGCCAAGGAACUGCGGAAAGCUUUGUCUGGCAAGAGCUUGGUCUUCAACGACCAUCCAUGGACAGACCGGGAACCUCCCAGCACUGUGGAGAAGAAGAUACAACGAUCCUGGGAUGCUUCCGAAGUUGAAGCUAAUCAGGCCCUGAUUCAUGAGAUCGCUGAGAUCCUGAAAAGAUACCCGAAUCUGACUUUACGCAUCAAGGGCAUCUCCGACGGCUCUGGCUCGGCUGACAAUCUUACUCAGGUGGCUUUCGCAAAGGAUUUCGAGACGGACUUUCCGACGGAGGUGAUGGACAAGACCUUACCCUACGCUCAGGGCCGUGUGUUAACGGUCAAGCGCAUGCUGGUGGAAGAAGGCAUUGCCCUGGAUCGGAUGUCCUCACAGCUGCAGGAGGGAAAGAACAGGUCGGUGGACCUUGAUGUGGAGUAG